AUGGCUCCCGACUCCGCUACACCGCCCAAUUCUGGCGACGCCCCUAAAGAUUUUGAGCGCGGCUUCCGUUUCUGGGUCAUCAUAAGCGGACUCGCCAUUACCUCGCUCCUUGCUGCUCUGGAGCACACAGUCGUGACGACUUCGGCUCCUAGGAUCCUCACUGAGCUUCAUCUCGGGGAAGAUUUUAUCUGGAUCACGAACGCUUUCUUCAUAUGCAGCGCGGUAUCCCAACCUCUUCUCGGCCAGUUUUGCAAUAUCCUUGGUAGGAGAUGGAUCUACCUGGCAACCGUGGCCCUAUUUACGCUGGGAAGUGGCAUAUGCGGCGGCGCGACGAGCGGUUCUAUGCCCAUCGCAGGCCGCGCUGUCCAAGGCUUUGGCUCAGGAGGCAUUAUCUUGAUGAACAAUAUGAUAGUAUCCGACUUGGUUCCACUGCGCCAGCGAGGCUACUACGUCGCAAUCAUUCUAGCUGUCUUCGGCGUCGGGACCGCACUGGGUCCUUUCAUAGGCGGUGCCAUCGUUGACUCGACAUCAUGGCGCUGGGUCUUCUACCUGAACCUUCCAAUCGGCGGACUUUCGCUUGUCGUCAUGUUUUUUUUUCUCCACGUCAAGUACGACAAGGAGAUGUCUUUCGUGGACAAGUUGAAACGUAUCGACUACAUAGGCAACUGCAUACUGAUGGCUAGCAGCGUGGCUGUCCUUUACGCUCUCACGUACGCCGGAACGGUCCAUCCGUGGUCAUCAUGGCGCACGCUGGUUCCGUUCCUCCUGGGGUUCGUCGGCUUCUUCCUGUUCGCAGCUUAUGAAGCUAGCCCCUUCGUACCAGAACGUGUCCUACCAGUAAGGCUGUUCGUUCAUCGAACCUCGAUCAUCGUCCUGGUCAACAUCUUUCUGAGCUCAGUACUAUACUUCUGGUUCUUGUUCUUCCUCCCCGUCUACUUCCAGUCUGUGGCGCUGUACUCGCCAUCUCGCGCAGGCUAUUCACUCCUACCACAGUCCAUAGCUGGUAUCCCGGGAGCUGCCCUGGCUGCAAUUGCGAUAAGCAAAUGGGGCAAGUUCGUGCCAGUGCAUUUUGUAGGCUUUGCCAUCCUGACUCUGGGGUUUGGUCUGUUGUCAUUGCUUUCGGAAACGACUUCCAUCCCGGAGUGGGCAGUCUACCAGAUAAUCGGGGCCUUGGGAAUUGGUAUAGUCAUCGACACCCUUCUCCCUGCGUUCCAAGCCCCGGUGGCCGAGGCCGAUCAGGCGGCGGCAACAUCAGCAUGGAGUUACCUGCGUGCAUUCGGAAGCAUAUGGGGUGUAGCCAUUCCGGCCGCUAUAUUCAACAAUCGCAUUGACAGUAUGCUGAGCACGAUCUCAGACCCUGACGCGCGACAGAUGCUGACAGGAGGUGGUGCGUACCAGGAUGCAUCUGCGGCCGUCGUCCAGCAUUUCUCUCCAGCCGUACAGCUCGAGAUACGGCGGUAUACCGAGAAGCACUGA